AGGGCAUUGUUAUUCAUUCCCAAGCGUGCACCUUAUGACAUGUUUGAAAACAAGAAAAAGAAGAACAACAUUAAAUUAUACGUCCGUCGCGUCUUCAUCAUGGACAACUGUGAAGACCUCAUGCCAGAAUACUUGAACUUUAUCAAGGGUGUUGUUGACAGUGAAGAUUUGCCGUUGAACAUUUCCCGUGAAAUGCUCCAACAAAACAAGAUCUUGAAGGUUAUCAGAAAGAAUUUGGUCAAAAAAUGUUUGGAAUUGUUUGAGGAAUUGGCAGAAGACAAGGACAACUACAAGAAAUUGUACGAACAAUUCAGCAAGAACUUGAAACUUGGAAUCCACGAAGAUAGCCAAAACAGAAAGAAACUUUCGGACUUAUUGAGAUUCCAUUCGUCAGCCAGUGGUGAUGAACCAUGCUCCUUAAAAGAAUAUGUUGCCCGUAUGAAACAAAAUCAAACACACAUCUACUACAUCACAGGUGAAAGCCGCGAACAAGURUCUAACUCUUCAUUUGUUGAACGUGUUAAGAAACGUGGAUUUGAGGUUAUUUACAUGACUGAACCCAUUGAUGAAUACGUCGUCCAACAGAUGAAAGAAUACGACGGCAAGAACUUGGUAUCUGUCACCAAAGAAGGUUUAGACUUGCCCGAAACUGACGAAGAAAAGAAAAAGCGUGAGGAUGAUCAAGCCAGAUUUGAAAAAUUGUGCAAAGUUGUUAAGGACAUUUUGGACAAGAAAGUUGAAAAGGUUGUCAUCAGUAACAGACUUGUUGAAUCUCCAUGUUGUAUUGUUACAUCUCAAUAUGGUUGGACUGCCAAUAUGGAACGUAUCAUGAAAGCACAAGCACUCAGAGAUUCGUCUACCAUGGGUUACAUGUCAGCCAAAAAACACUUGGAAAUCAAUCCGGACCACCCAAUCAUUGAGACACUCAGACAAAAAGCUGAAGCUGAUUGUAACGACAAGGCUGUCAGAGACUUGGUCAUGCUUCUCUUUGAGACAAGUUUGUUAUCAUCUGGUUUUGGACUUGAAGACCCACAAGUACAUGCUUCGAGGAUCCACAGAAUGAUCAAAUUAGGUUUGGGAAUUGAUGAGGAUUUGCCCGUAGCUGAAGAAAAGACUGCUGAAGUUGAUGCCUCCGAGCCUGCUGCCGAAGCUGAUGCUGAAGAUUCUUCACGUAUGGAAGAAGUUGAUUAAAUUAUUACAAAGUGAAUUUAUUUUGAAAGAACAUUUCCUAUAUUUUUUAUUG